AUGGAUCAGCUGGCCGCUAGUAGUGUGAAAUCGGAACUCAUGAAGAGCCCUGAAAAGCGUCCGAUUUGCAUGAUAGAAGUUGAUGCUUUGGUUAACAAGUGUGUCAAGAGAAGAAGGAGGGAUACAUCUACGGCUGUUUCAACAACAGUUAGCAAUGCUGUGCCUAACCCUCAAUCUAGUACUACCACUACCACUACCACUACUACUACUACUGCCAAAAGAAGUUCCAGAUUUCGCGGAGUCAGCAGGCAUAGAUGGACAGGGAGAUAUGAAGCUCAUUUAUGGGACAAAGGGUCUUGGAAUCCAACACAAAGGAAGAAGGGAAAGCAAGUUUAUCUGGGUGCUUAUGAUGAAGAAGAAUCCGCAGCAAGAGCAUAUGAUUUGGCAGCACUCAAGUACUGGGGGACAUCAACUUUCACGAACUUUCCGGUGUCUGAUUACGAGAGUGAAAUUGAUCUAAUGAACACACUAACAAAAGAAGAAUACUUGGCCUCUCUAAGAAGAAGAAGCAGUGGUUUCUCAAGAGGUGUAUCCAAGUACAGAGGAGUUGCAAGGCACCAUCACAAUGGGAGAUGGGAAGCAAGGAUUGGGAGAGUGUUUGGAAACAAGUAUCUGUACCUUGGCACAUACGGCACCCAAGAAGAGGCAGCUCAUGCCUAUGAUAUUGCAGCGAUAGAAUACAGAGGCAUAAACGCCGUGACCAACUUUGACUUGAGCACAUACAUAAGAUGGCUCAGACCAGCAGGACCCAAUCCACUUGUUGCUAAUUCUCAUGAACAACCAAAACCAAAUAUUUUAGACUCCAACAACAACAAUCCAAGCAAGGAAGAGAGACAGAUUCCGAUCUUUACUCCGAAUAACUCAUUCGCAGUAGAGGACAUUGACACCGCAAGAACAAGGGACAUUUUCCAAAUGCAGAACACUAUGCCCCCCAUCAGUCCUAGUUGCACCCCCAAGUCUUCAUGUAAUUCCCCAACUGCACUCAGCCUCCUCCUCAAAUCCUCCAUAUUCAAAGAGCUGGUGGAGAAGAAUUUGAACGAUGAGAAUGAAGAAAGUGACGAUGAGAAGAGUGACAUAAUAAAGAACUUGCUCCCGCAGACAAACGGUACUGAAAAUCUGAAGAGGAUUUUGUAUGAAGGGAUUCACAACAUCCCUUUUUCGUGUGCAUCCAACACUGAUGCAUUGCCUGCUUUAGAGUCCCCGGAGAAGAACAUGCUACCAUUAAGGAGGCAGUCCCUUUGGAAUAAUGGUGCCAUGAACAUGUUCUCUUCUGCUGAUUUUCACUGA